AUGGGUCUUGAAGUGGAUUUUCCCGCACCUUUAUCAUCAUAUCCGUUCGAGGGUAAGGUGAUCGCAAUCACGGGAGCAACCUCUGGCAUCGGUUUAGCAACGACUCUUCUUCUCUGGUCUCGUGGAGCUACUGUGUCUGCUAUGAGCAACAACCCUCGUGGGAUCGCAGAACUAGAGACGGCUCUCCAGGAGGAAUCCAAGACAGCAUUGCCCGGACAGAAAUUCCUCACAAAGGUCGUCGACGUCAGCAAGGAGGACCAGGUCAAGGGGUGGAUCGAAGAGACCAUCGCCACAUUCGGGCGCCUGGACGGUGCAGCUAAUAUAGCUGGAGCAGUCCACAAAUAUAACAAACUGGCAGAGACAGCCUCAGAAGACUUCGACUUCGCGAUCAACAUGAAUACUCGUGGCGUAUACAACUGUAUGCGGAAUCAGAUUCCUCACAUGAAAAGCGGAUCGGCCAUUGUCAACAUGAGCUCUAUCUCUGCUACACAGACUGAACGGGGCAUCAGUUUGUAUGGCUCUUCCAAGGCAGCAAUCAGCACGAUGAGCACUGCAGCUGCAACGGAAUAUGGACCCAUCGGUAUCAGGGUCAACGCUAUUGCUACAGGGUUGACACUCUCCAAACGUCUGCUGAGUGUCGCGAAGGAAUAUGUAGAGCCGGGCAUCCAAGCUACGGCUCUCAAGAGAGGGGCUCAGCCGAUGGAACAGGCUCAAGUCAUUGCAUUUUUGCUGAGUGAUGAGGCUAGCUAUGUCACCGGAACUGUUGUUAGAUGCGAUGGAGGUGCCCUUGCUCUGCAGUACUAG